AUUAAUAUUUUGCGAGAGAAAACUGAUCUCAACCGCAAUGAGAUUAUUUUGCGAGAAAAAGAAAAUUUCUCAAUAACAAAUGUUGUGCGAGAAAACUUAAUCUCAAUCACAAAACAAUGUCAUUGUACUAAUGGAACAUGUUAUAGGAAUUGCUAAAAGCAAACACAUUGAACAUGCCACAUACAAUAACCAUAUAUUUUCUGGAAUGUUAAAACUCAACAGAAAAAUAGGCUAUCAUGCGUGAGAGAAUUGUAGGCAGUCAUUUGUGAUUAUAGGAAACCACAAUGUCUGAAGUGAAAACUGCCGAAGAGAUAAGGUUCUCUUUUUUUUUCUCGUGCAGUCCCUGAUAACCGCCACCGCCGGGAGACGGUCGCACUGUGCACCGCCGUGCCAUGCGCUAGCAGCGCCGCAUCGCCUGUAUAUACGGAACCGCUCUGUCGACGCCGCAGAGGGUACCGCGCUGGAGGGCCAGGCCACGUCGCGCGCGCCUGAGGGCAUCGCUGUCUGGCCGUCCCAUCUCCUUCACGGGAGGGGCCGUGGCCCCGAGCAGCAACGCCGGAGGGCGCCGCUCGUUGGGGAGUUGAAGCCCUACAGCCGCGCCAUGGUCCACUGCUCCGCGCCUCUCUACAGAUCGAGGGUGCAGCGGCGUGUGCCAUAAGCCGUGGUCGCGGGCACCGCCAUGCGCAGGUUCCGUCGAUUGGAGCCGCGCCGAUGGGAGCGUCGCCGUGCCUAGCGUUGGAGGGACGAGAAGCAUCACCGGGCUGGGAGCCGUGCGCCGGAGGGCGCUGCCCCGCAAGGAGCCGCCUCCGACGUUGUGCGCCAAGGCGACGCCGAGCGCUGCCGUUGGCAGUGGACUCGAGCACCAGGCAUGGGCCUCGCUGGGGAUUUUCCUCCCUUGGAGUUCGUUCGAGUUGAAAAUCGCUGGAGUUGCUGGGGGGCGUCGUGGCAUGGAGUCGGGGUGGAGGGCCGGUCGCAGGCACUGCCGCCGAUGCGGGGCUGCGCGCCGCACCGGGAUUGGUCAUGGCCGUGGCCGCCGCUGAGUAACGCGGGCCCCGCGCGUGGGAAGGGCCUCGCCGGGAGUAGCGACGGGACCAAGGGCAUCGCUGUCGAGGACUGGCCGAGGCCUGCCGAUCUGCGCCAGAUGCAAGACGAGGGCCGCGUCGUCUGCCGGGGAGCGUCGCUGCUGCUCUUCGAGACGUCGCUGGCCUCGGUCUUCCGCCGUUCCGUGUCGCCCCGUGAGGCCGGUAGUCGCUCUGCCGAGAGCGUGCCGAUAACGUAUUGAAAAGAAACGAGAGAGAGGGAGACAUACAGAAGUAAAAGUGAAUCAUUGUUUUCAUUAAUGAUGGGAUUACAUAUAUAUAUAUAGCCCCCGAAAGGGUGCGUUCGAA